AUGGAGAAGAGGGCACACAUCUAUUCUUCCCGGCCUCACAUCAUUGUCAUGGGCGAUGUGUUCAACUGGACAGUCAACAACCAAGUCUGCCAGGUCUACGGUGACAGGUCGAGGAGCCAUCGAAAACUUACGCACUCAGUUGUUGGCUCUCAAGCGAUCCGCACCUACCGUGAUAUCCAAGCUGCCGAGUUCAAAGUGAUGACCUGGAGCAUCUUGAAAGAUGCUCUCGAGGUCAUGGCCAAUGCGGUAGACGUCGUUAUUCCCGGACUAUUUUGGAUGGAGUCUCUACCUUUCCUGACGAAGCUACCAAAGUGGCUCUAUCCUUUACCACGAGCCAUACAAGAUCAGGCCAAUCUCCUAGCACGGUAUCUCUAUAACUUGUCCCUGGAAGGAUCUCAAAGCAAACAGGACAGCUUUUCCAAACGACUUAUCGAAGAACAGAAUGAAAAUGGGCUUUCGGACGCGGAGGUUGCAAGCUUGACCUCCAACUUGAUCGGCGCGCGUGAACACCACCAGUAG